AUGGUUGAAAAACGGAAAGAGAGAGAGAAAGAUACUAAAGGAACAUUCAACUCACAAGACAAUACCAUGGUUGAAAAACGGAAAGAGAAAGAUACGAAAGGGACAUUCAACUCACAAGACAAUGUCAUGGUUGAAAAACGGAAAGAAAAAGAUACGAAAGGGACAUUCAACUCACAAGACAAUGUCAUGGUUGAAAAACUGAAAGAGAAAGAGAAAGAUACUAACGGGAUAUCCAACUUACAAGACAAUGCAAUGGUUGAAAAACGGAAAGAGAAAGACAAAGAUACUAAAGGGACAUUCAACUCACAAGACAAUGUCAUGGUUGAAAAACUGAAAGAGAAAGAUACGAAAGGGACAUUCAACUCACAAGACAAUGCCAUGGUUGAAAAACGGAAAGAGAAAGAGAAAGAUACUAAAGGGACAUUAAACUCACAAGACAAUGCCAUAGUUAAAAAACGGAAAAAGAAAGAUACGAAAGGAACAUUCAACUCACAAGACAAUGCCAUGGUUGAAAAACGGAAAGAGAAAGAUACGAAAGGGACAUUCAACUCACAAGACAAUGCCAUGGUUGAAAAACGGAAAGAGAAAGAGAGAGAGCGAUACUAA